AUGGGGCAAUUGAACACUAGCGCUAAUCACUCCCGCAGGAAUGAAUGGGCUAACUUCACGCUGCCGGAGCACUUCCCGGAUUUCUACGUCGUCCUUCCGGUCAUCUACUCGGUGAUUUGCGCCGCCGGUCUGACCGGCAACACGGCCGUCAUCUACGUGAUCCUCAAAGCCCCCAAAAUGAAGACGGUGACCAACACCUUCAUCCUCAACCUGGCCAUCGCCGACGACCUGUUCACCCUGGUCCUGCCCAUCAACAUAGCCGACCACCUGCUGCACCACUGGCCGUUCGGGGAACUCAUGUGCAAACUGAUUCUGUCCAUCGACCACUACAACAUCUUCUCCAGCAUCUACUUCCUGACCGUGAUGAGCGUGGACCGUUACCUGGUGGUCUUGGCCACCGUGCGCUCCAGGAAGCUGCCCCAUCGCACCUACAGGGCGGCCCAGAUCGUCAGCCUGUGCGUGUGGCUCCUGGUCUUCCUCAUCGUGUUGCCCUUCACCGUCUUCGCCGAGGUCUACACCGACAGUUUGAACAGGAAGAGCUGCGUCCUGGUGUUCCCCAAGCCCGAGCGCGCCUGGUUGAAAGCCAGCAGGAUCUACACUCUGAUCCUGGGCUUCGCCAUCCCGGUCUCCACCAUCUGCGUCCUGUACACCAGGAUGCUCUACAGGCUCAGGAACAUGCGGCUGAAUUCCAAUGCCAAAGCCCUGGACAAGGCGAAGAAGAAAGUGACUCUGAUGGUCUUUGUGGUGCUGGCCGUGUGCCUUUUCUGCUGGACUCCCUUCCACCUGACCACCAUCGUGGCUCUGACCACAGACCUCCAGGAGACAUCCCUGGUCAUAGGUAUCGCCUACUUCAUCACCAGUCUGAGCUACGCCAAUUCCUGCUUGAAUCCCUUCCUCUACGCCUUUCUGGACGAUAACUUCCAGAAGAGUUUUAAGAAGUUAUUGGAGUGUAGAACAACUUAGAGAG